CUCUUCCAUAUAAUUUCUUUUUCGGAUUUUCUAUUUUGCCAAAGGAAAACAAAACCUCAGACUCACUCAGAUGCCGAUUCCCCAGACCUAACCAUCUACCUCUGCAACCUCACACCAUUAUUUCAUAUCUGCAAACACACGCACGCACCCCCGCUCUUUUUUUAAUCUCUUUCAUCUUGAUUAUGUCGGUGGUUUUGGAUUUUCUUUCCGUCUUUCUUCAACGUGUUACCUCCUCCAUAUGACAGCCAAUUAUUCUACUAAAUAAAUGCCCUUUCUUUUUCAUUUCUCCUCUCCUCUUUUCGGGUUCCUAGAUACCAAAAAAUAGAAAACGACUUUCUUCUUUCUUUUUCUUGUUUUUUUUUUUUUUUUUUACAGAAAAGAUGGAGGGAGCUGCGGCGGUGACGGAGGCGGCCAACAGGAAGCGAGUGAUGGACAGGGAGAGACCAUACAAAGGGAUAAGGAUGAGAAAGUGGGGCAAGUGGGUGGCUGAGAUUAGAGAGCCGAAUAAACGUUCUAGAAUCUGGCUCGGCUCUUACUCUACUCCUGUCGCGGCGGCUCGAGCAUACGAUACGGCGGUGUUUUAUCUGCGGGGACCCUCUGCCAGGUUAAACUUCCCGGACCUUUUGAAAGGAGACGGCGGCACCGCCGCUGUAAGAGGUGACAUGUCAGCGGCUUUGAUAAGAAAGAAAGCCGCCGAAGUUGGCGCUCGCGUGGACGCCAUCGAAUCAGCGAUUCACACAAAUCACGGGGAACAAAAUAACCACCGUCAGGAACCGCCAAUCGAUGAAUUGAAAUCUGCAUGUGGUGGGGUAUUGAAUCGGGUCGACUUGAACAAGGAACCCGACCCGGAAGAUCUGGACGGUGACUACUGAAGCCUUAAAUGGGCAAAAAGAAGAGACUGUUAUUAAUUAUUAAAGAAAGUGGUUCAUCUCUACCAUUGAUCAUUGCUAACGUGCGCCAUGGAGGUACCCGACGGCCGAAGGAAUGAUGAAGCCUUGUAGGCUGUAGCACUGGUGAUUCUAGCUUUUUUCUUUCUUUUUUUUUUUCAAUUUUUUACGUGUAAUAUUAAAAUUUAGAAAAU